AUGGGCCAGCGUGCAUGCACUUGCUGCCUGAAACGUGAAGCGGAGUUCCAAGAGCUGCCCCGGGUGCUCUCAGAUCCCAGAGCCAGGCACGCAUCGCAGGCGCAAGCCAGGCAUGUCCUUGGCCCUGCGGGCCCUGAGGGCCUUGCGACCGGCAGCUGCCUGCUUUGUCGGGAAGUCGCUGCGAACACGAUGUGUCUUCCCUGUGGCCAUCUGCUCAUCUGUUACAGAUGCUCACUCCGCUAUGCUUUGCCGGAUGGCUCCCUCCACCCGGAUGUGAGAUGUCCAAACUGUAAAGUCUCCGUCAAGAGCUUCCAGCGAGUCCUGCUCCAGACAGCUUCAACUAUGACAAGGCUUAGCGAGAUGGAGCGCACUCGGGCCUUGUCCACAAACGGUGAGGCAGCAUCAAGCCGGCUGUCCUUUGCUUCGAAGCAGAUGGACGAGCUGGUUACCAAGUCGGAACUCGGAACCCUCCAGCGAGAUGGGUCCUUCAAGGACAGUCUCGGGCAAAAGCUCUUCACUGCCGAUGCAAACGGCGACGGUGCGCUGACGCGUGCCGAGUUCCAGACUGGCCUUGCCACUGUUGCCAGCACCUCGUCCAGUGACAUCGGGACUCUUUUCCAGGAAGUGCGUUCAAAGUACUGGCUUACAACAAAGCGCCAGUAUUGCUGCAACAUGCAGGGCAUCUGCUCCUUCGAUGGGCCGCCGGUGACACCUACGACAGAAACAACCACAGAGGGCCCAUCAUACGAUUGUCAUGAAGACUAUGACAAUAGACUGAGCUGGCCGGAGCAUAAGCGAGCAUGGUGCUGUGCACGCUAUCAUGUGGCUUGCUUCCAAGCUCCGACAGAGCUGUACCACUGCGACCAUGGCUUUGGUUCCUGGCAAACGACGUGGUCCCCCCACAAAAAGGCAUGGUGUUGCUUCCACCUUGGCAAAGGCUGCGACUUCCACUACGGCCACUCUCACACUCACUACUACGUCGUCCACCAUGCAGCCUACGAUUGCCAAGCAGGAUUAUCCAACUGGAAGGCUGGCUGGUCGGAGAACAAGAAAUCAUGGUGCUGUCAGCACGAAGGGACUGGAUGCGUUGCUCAAUUCGACUGUCAUGCUGGCCUCGCCAACUGGGAAGCUGGCUGGUCGCCACACAAGAAGUUAUGGUGCUGUUCUCACUUCGGUCUUGGCUGUGCGGACUCCACGCCCAAGCCCUUCGACUGCUUGGUGCUGCGCUCACGAGGACAAGGGAUGCGAGAGCGGAUCAGGGAUGGGAGCAUCCGCUAUGGCAACACAUGGUUCGUAUUAUCUUACGGGGCAGAGCUAUCAGACCCAUCACUAUCACUAGACAGCGAGCACCCGGCCGGGCUGCAGAACCGCAAUGGUGUGGCAGAUCGCAUGCGCCCGAAAGCACGGGUCUCAGAUGGCACCGGCACUGUCGCCAGCGACGCCUUGUUCAGCUCGUUCUCCGAAAGCUGCGAGUGGAUGCAGCACAAUGGAAUCGGUGACUUUAUCGAGACUGCAUCCUGCGCUGUGUUCUUCGAGCACCGCCGCUGUCCAAGACACUGCGGAGCACUCUUCACUGGCAAGGAAGCAGCACGACAUUUAGCUCACGAGUGUCCCAAUCGGGAGGAGAUUUGUCCAUAUGGCUGUGGUGACCGACUGUUUGGACAUGAAAUUGACGACGGUGGAGAGCAUCCGCCUGAGUGUCCAAUGAACUUAGCCCUGGUGAGGGUGGAAGCUGCUCUUGAAGCGUCUGCAGUAAAGGAGUAUCGGCUUGCGCUGGAGAACGUCUAUGUCGAGCGUGACCGGGCACGAGCGCGCUUCAAAGCUCGCGGCGAGAGGGAUCCCGGUCCUGUUUUCACGACUCCUCACUGCCAGCAGCGAGUCCGAAGAGUGGAAGCCGAGGGCCUGAAUUUGCUCACCCGAGCCCGGAGAGCCUCCAAGGAGAAACUUCAGUGGGUUAUUGCUUUGGCAGCUUUGGGACCGGGGGAUGGCACGGCUUCAUCGCAAGUGCCUCCGGGUGCGGCAAGAUAUUGGGACACCAUGGAUGUCAGCAAGGAGUACACGCGCUCCUCGCGUCCCUGGGACAUGGGUGCGCCUAUUCUCGAUCCACUGCUGCAAACCUUGCAAGAUGCGAGGAUUUGUGGUGCGGACAGUAAGCUUCGGCGAAAAGCAGAGGCUCUUCUGUUUAUGGCAGUCCGUCGGUGCCUGGAGGCGGCGUUGGUGACAGAAGUGAGCAGAGGUGAUGCUGUGCGCGAGUCCCUGCUCAUUGCUGAUGAGGCCAUGGAGGUCUGCGAACUGGAGGAUUGCGGAGACUUGCGCGACCUCUGCGCCCUCGCUGAGAAGGAGGUGCUGCGAACGACCUUGAGAAGCCUCCAGACCACCUGCAAGGAAUUCCACCAGGCGGUGAAGGAUGGUGACAUCGAGCUUGCCAAGUGGCUGCUGGACAGAGAGAAGGCAAAUCCUUCUAUCACCGACCCGGAUACGGGCAUUCCGCCUUUGGUGAUGGCUGUCAAGGCCGGAGACAUUGCCAUGUGCGAGCUGCUUCUGGAUCGCGGUGCCGACGUCGAUGCGCGCUGCAGCUCGGACGGUACUUCCUCCCUACACUGGGCCUGCCAUAGCCGGACGUUCCGCGUUGUCAAGCUUCUGCUAGAACGGCGCGCCAAUCCGCGACUCCAGGACAAGCGUGGGCACGAUCCACUUGUGAAGUUGGUCAGGAGAGACUUCUCCAGUCCAGCAGAUGCCUGCGUCCUUUCGUGGCAAAAGCAAGACUCUCACCGCUUGGCUGGCCCCGAGCUCAAGGGCUGCGGCGGCUUCAUGACGAUUGAGGCUGCGAAGGUGGCAGCAGAGAGUUGUGAUUGCGUGGGCUUCUCUGUCCACGAGCUGGUUCCUGGGGCGGAAUGGUCUGAGGAGUGUUUCCACAUCACGAUGCACGGUCCUGGAUGCGCGUCUGCCAUUCCAAGCAAUGUGGCAACGACAGAGGACGAGGCCUCGGAUCUCGUGUGGUCGCAUCUCGAUGUCGCAUGGACUUCCUUCCUAAAGGUCAAGAACGACCCAGCCCAUGAUGUCUCUGCACUUCUUGCAGUCGGGGCAGAUCCCUGCUCAGAGGAUUUAAAGGGCUUGACAGCUUUGCACCACCAUCUCCUGACAGCACCCGGUGGUGGCUGUGCUGCAUGCGUCUCCGCGCUACUUCGAGGUGGUGCCGAUGUGAACCACCGAGACAUCGGCCGUCAAGUUACACCCUUCAUCCUCGCCAUCCAGACCAAGCGGACGGACUUGGUUCGCUUGAUGCUCAAGUCUGCAUGGCCAACCCCCGAUGUGGACUGCAAGGCUCCAGAUGGCACCUGUGCCCUCGCUCUAGCAACAGCUCUUGGGGCUCGGGAGAUUGCGGACAUGCUCCGAAAGGCAGGUGCUUCUGAUUGGGCCGAUGCAGAGCUCAGACUGGGCAGCAGGACUAUCUUCACAUUCGACACCAGAAACCCGCCAGUGAACAAUUAUCGGCUCAAGUCUCGGGGGGACCAGAGGUCGGGAAGACCUGGUUGGCUUCCCCUUCCCCCCGGAGUGGGCAGUAGGCCCACGAUGGUUCUGGAGAGUCGACUCGCCGACCUGCUACAAGGGCAGGCAAAGAAGUUUAUUCAUGGUUUCAACGCGGAGCACCUGAACCUAGGCCUUUUGAGCGGCUUCCUAGAGCUUCGGAAUUUGGCGCUUAACCCCGAGCCCGUCGAUGACUUGUUGCUCGGAAGCGACCUGCCUUUUGUUCUCAAGGCUGGCACGCUUUCCUCAGCCAUGCUUCAGCUGUCCAUCAUGCAGGGCGAGCUGGAGAUUAUCAUCGAUGGGCUCGACUUAGUCUUGGCUCCGGCCUGCAGAUGGCUUAGCCGAGAAGAGGUGUACCAGCACCGCACCAACGAGAUGGAGCGUCUAGAGUUUGUGCACAUGCGGAGCCAGACACAGCGGCGAAGCUUGGAGCGCGAAAUGUUUCGCAAGUUGUUCGUAGAUUACCUGUCCCGAAUACGAGUCACUGUGAAAAAUGUGCAUGUGAGACUGGAGAUCGAAGGCGAGCUGCAUGACAACCCUGAACCGGAGAUGUUGGCUUCGGCUUUAGUUUUCAGGCAGGCUUUCGUGGCAAUGUGGUUCGUGCUGCGUAUUGGCAUUGUUGUCGUUACAGAAAGCCAAAGUGGCGAGGAUGCUCGCAAGUCUGAGCUUCUCCUUGCCGAGAGCGUUCAUCUACGAGGUUUGCAGUUGUACCAGGAAUUUGCAGGCACAUCGAAGGUGCAUGUCCCGUGGGAUGUUUACCAUUCAACAAGAUCGAGUGAAUUUGGUAUCUUCCAGAAGCUGUCGCAAGUUGAGUUUGUCCGCGGCUUGAACCAAACCCGGGAUGCUCAUUUAGCAUUCCCAGCCUGUCAGCAGCUCAUGCCGUCCACGGACAUGUCCAUCAAGGUGGAUUUGAAGUCCCAGGCUUUGUUCACAGACUGUCAUGUGGAAAACUGCUUGGCGUUGGAGGUUGCCCUUUGCUUGCAGAAUCUUUCUCGUCUUCGUUUCACAGCCAGCAUUGUCGAAGGCAUCCGCUGGCUUGUCCGAAGGACUCUGGACUUCCAGAUGUGGCCCUUCCUGCAUGCGCUGCACGGCAAGCCUGCUACUGGGCGUGGCAGAUGGCAUGUAAUUCGCAGCUUUGUUGCCCUGAAGCGGCGGAUCCAGUCGAAUGCCUACGCACUGCAAGAUGCAGUUCGAAUGCGAAUCAACUGCAAGGAGUAUAUUCGGUUGUACAAGAAGAAGUUCAACGGUCCUCAGAGUUCUUUUGCCUGGCGUCGAUCCUUGCCGGCUCUGACAGCAGAGGAUGCAACAACACUCGGACUGAUUGAGUUGUCCUAUCCUGCUGACAAGCUCGUAAACUUUCGGCUGAUGGCACAGACCGAGAUGAAGACCGAGACAUCCAUCAACUGCUACGCAGAAGAAGGCACAAUGCCUGCGAGAAGUCCCAGGUCGAACUUGUCCUGGCAGGUGCGGGAGCUGACGCCAAUGGAGCAGCUCCACUUGCACGGGCAGCAUGGAUUUGGAACUAACAUCUUCCGCGGUUUGCCACCGCCUCCUUCCAACUUGAAGGUCCGGAUCGACAUCGUCGCUCCCGAUGGCUUGUGGUGGGUUUGUAGUCUAAGCACAGCUGCUACAUCCAGACAACCAGAUAGCUGGGCUGUUGCGGUGGACUCACGGCAGCCCAUACGACUACUGCUGGUUGACAGCAUCACAGACAACAGCGUCUUCGCCACCAUGGAAGUGCCGCGUGCGAAGCAGAAUGACCGUCCCCUGGCUUUGCUGCUCGGACGGACCGAGGAGGCUUUCGCUUCCAGUUCUCCUGGCCGCCGUGCUGACGGUCCUGAUGCAGGACAAGGUGGCACGGGUCCUGCCGAGUGGUGCUCGGUGCUCGAGUUCGACGGUUCCCUCUGCUGCUGGGGGCAGGUAAAGACCGUGCCUAUGUGUGCUUCACACAGUCCCUGGGACAUCUUUGCCAGCUUCAACUGUGGAACCGUGAUUGACCACGAGCUCCGCCAGAACGACACGAGCUUUGGGAGGGUCUCUCCAAUUGAAGAGGUCUUGAGCGCAGGCUUCUCAAAGGGCAGCAACGCAACGAAGUCUCCCACAAUUCGCGAGGAGGCGGCGUAUGUGCGGCUGAACUUGCCUUUGCGACUGGCAAGUGGGCAGGAGGGGCCACUUGUGGAAUUCUUGCGCUGGUGCAUGGCACCUGCCCCAAAGAUGAGAUGGCCCCACGCAGGAUCCCAGCAGUCCGCUUUGGCCUACCUCGCUGUGCUGGUUCGAAGCGGCUAUGACCUCGCUGCACUUCGAGCACACAUCUCCUUGCCACCACUCCUGCUAAAAGGAGUGAGCGGCCUCGACGCUGAGCCGGAGGGUCUGGCGCCGCUCUGCCUCCCACGGCUGGAAGCGGCUUGCCAUGUGGAGCACGGAGGUUUGGUCGACGGUUUCGUGGUAGGAAUGCACAACCUGUACAACUUUGCGAACAUGGUGGCGACGAUGCCGGGAAUGAAACGACCACAGGCGGCCAAUUCCCUCCCGGCCCCAAUGGGCCGGCGGCACGUGUCCGGCAACGCCCAGCCGCUGUCGCUCGAGCCGCUUGAGCAGGCUCCCCCAGUGAUGCUUGCUCUGGGAGCCUUGCUGACAGCCACCGCGUUGGUGCUUUCUGGUGGUCGGAAGCGGAAUGGGACGGAAUCAUCGACGACAUCUGCGGCACCUGCGAUGCAACGCUCCGAGCUGUUGUCCCUGACCCAGGAGCACGGCCUUGCAGGGCUCGUUCACCAAGUUGGCCCAGGUGAUCCACUUGCAGGCAUCACGCUGAUAUCCACACUGAGAAGCCUUGGAAGAGCGGCACCGUCUAACCAGGUUAGCACCAGCCAUCGCAGCGCAACGAGUGUGGACACCCGAGACACCGGCGUGUCAGCAGCCAUCACCUCAUCAGGGCCCAUUGGUCAGGCUUUGCUGGAGAAGGUGAACUCAGUGUCCGCCAAGGCAGAGGCUUUGUUGGGUACGCGUCGCCCUCCUCUCUCCAGCCGAGCGCCCCAGUCCCUUGGUGAGAAGCUGGUGGAUCUGACGGAGCGCCUUGGACAGCUGGAGAAGCUAUUGGAUGACCUUCGCACGCGUGGCGCUGGCGUCUUCAGCCCACCUGCGCGAGUGGCACCACCAGGCAGGGCUUCCACGCUCUCGGCCGAGGCGGCGGCAGAGGCUUCAGUCAAGGCGGUUGCAAAAUCUCUUCUUGAUGCGGCCCGCAACCGCAGCCCAAGUGGCACCAAGACACAAACCGCUCACAUGCAUGUGACACCGCCUUCGGUGGUUCAGGCCAAACCGGCCGCUGGAUGUGCAGUCGUGAGACACCCAUCACAGCCAUCACGUUCCACAACGCCCGUGACUACAUCGCGGAUACGCACCCCUGGCUCAACUGUGAGCUCACAAACACCCUCCUUCGCCAGUCCACCUGCGGGGGGUUUGACGCCUCCCCCCGGCCUCUUCUUGCCCAUCACGAGCUUGAUGACGCCGGGCUUCAGCACACCUACAGCGGAGUCUCUGGCGAUCAAUGCCAACAGACACUUGAAUGGAAUGAAGACUCCAGGUGGCUCGACGCCGCGCACGAACUUGUCGAUGUUCGCCGGUACUCCCCUGGGCCAGAGCUGGGAAGGGCGCUUCUCCCCAGCGCCUCCACCGCUGAUGCCGGUCUCCAGCCGCAGUCCCUCACUGAAUCGCACUCCUGCAGCUCCAGCCCCUUUCCAGUACGCUGGGACGGUGCAGCUCCCGCCGAAGCUUCCCGUUCAGGAGGCUGAGGGGAAGAUCCGGCAGUGGUUGGACACCAUUCCUAUUGGGAACGGCGCUGAGCGGGGCUGGGACGAUGCUCAGAUCCGGGAAAUCGCGGAGUUCGCGGCCUCCCAACAAAACCUUCAACACCUCUCGGCCGAGCAACUCUACCAAAGGUACGUGGAGCACCAAGUCGCCCAGGCAGAGGCUUCCCAUUGA